UUUGUGAUUGCACACAGGUCCAGCGCGAGAAGCAGAACUAUAUAUUCAGAGCUCUCGCGGUAUUAGAGACUCUACAGCAGCUGUGAGUUUUAGUUCCCCGUUUAUUUGUGGAGUGCUUGAGAACAUGACGGAGGCUGAGCUGUACUCGGUGCAUAAGGGUGUGUACGUGCCGACGCAUUUACACCCUCCAGAGAGUCUGAAACACUGCGAGGAGUUCACUUUCCGUCCAGACGACAUCCUGAUCGUCACUUACCCCAAAUCCGGCACAACAUGGAUGCAGGAGGUGGUUCCUCUGAUCGUGAGCGAGGGUGAUUUGACUCCGGUGCUGACGGUGCCAAACUGGGACCGAGUGCCAUGGCUGGAGGAACAUCGGGCGAUCCUUCUCAAUCUGGAGCAGAGAGCUUCUCCACGCAUCUUUGCAACUCACUUCCAUCACCACAUGAUGAACGAGUCUUACUUCAAAACAAAGCCCAGGGUUCUUUAUGUCAUGCGUAACCCCAAAGACGUGUUCACAUCCUCGUAUCACUACUAUGGAAUGGCCUCAUACCUGGUGAAUCCAGGAACCCCAGACGAGUUCAUGGAGAAGUUCCUCGAUGGAAAAAUCAUGUUCGGCUCCUGGUUUGAUCAUGUGAAAAGCUGGAUUAAUGCUGAAGAGAAGGAAUCCAUAUUGUAUAUUUUCUACGAGGAGAUGAUUGCUGAUCUGAAAGGAUCUGUGGAGAAAAUUGCCAAGUUUCUUGGUAAAUCGCUGAGUCCAGAUGUGACGGAGAAGAUCGCUGACCACUGCGUCUUCAAGAACAUGAAACAAAACAAAAUGUCCAACUUCUCUCUGGUUCCAGAGGAAUACAUGGAUCAGAAGAAAUCUGAGUUCCUGAGGAAAGGAAUUGCUGGUGACUGGAAGAAUCUGUUCACUGAAGCCCAAGAGCAACGGUUUAAUGCUGUAUACAAGGACAAGAUGAAAGAUGUGACAUUCAAGUUUAUGUGGGACUGAAAACAUAAUCGUACUUGCAUUUAAUAAGUGCAGACAGGUCUAUAACCUGCUCUGUGUGUGAUAUUUACAUGUUAUUUGGUUUAACGGUUGAUUUUAUAUAUAUAUAUAUAUAUAUAUAUAUAUGUGUAUAUAUGUAUAUAAAAAAUAUACUUUUAUAUUUUAUAUAACUGUUUUUAUAACAAAAUGUUUGUGUACAACUGUAAUACAUGUGAUUACUACUUUAUAUAGCAUAUAUAAUAUAUAGAAAUCAGUUUGAUUAUAUAAAAAUAUUGCUUUUGUUGUAUGUAUUUGUAUUUUUAAGUCUAAUAACUGCAUAGUUUAUACACAGUGUUGUCAAUUUAAGUAAAAAAAGUAAUUAUUACUAGCUACUAA